CCGCAGUUUCACCCUCUGCUUAUAUUGACUUACACGCAGCUUAUCUAGACCAUCUUCUUCCCCUGCGCCAUGGAUUCAAUCCCAUUUUCUGCCACUCCCUCCAGCAGGAUCCGCGAGCGUCUAACCAGACUUGAGACCGCAUAUGUGGAUCCUUGCCGGCAGUUCCUCCAGGAGUCGUACGAACAGCAUCCUUUCUCAACGACGUCGCUAGCCAUCUUUGCCGCCUCGAGCUUCGGACCUCUCGUAACUCUCCUUGCCAUCGGGUCCUUGGCUAUUAUUGCUUUGAUUGCUGUUUCUUUCGUGGUCGCGGGUGCCAUAGUCCUCUCUUCAGUCGUUCUUUUGACUACUACUCUUGCAUCAUCUUUUAUCACCACGUUCCUGGUUACGAAGGCGCUGGAGCGCCUCCAAUCCGCCCGUGCACGACUCGCCACCGAGCAACCGCCUGUCGAAACCGCGAACGUUGCCGAGCCCGAAAUCGCCAGCCCGAUCAAACCAUCAACAGCGACCCAUGCAACCCUGUCGUUCAUCGACGACCUUGCCAGUCGUCUUCCAUCUCUUUUCAAGGAGAGAAUCCCAUUCCCCCUGCGUCGUUGGCCGUUCGACCGCAAGGCACGAUUCGCAUUGCUUAUCGUUGGUGGCCAGUUGUUUUCCAACAUCCGUCUCCCCCGUGUACUCCGCUACACAGUCCCUUAUUCUGUUCUAUUCGGCUCCAGCUUCUUCGGUCCCCGCCCCCCCUUCCUCCAGCGGCUUCCCGGCCUGCCCUUCGUGAUCAUCAAGUUUACGCUGUUCCGCCUCCCGAUGCGCGUCGUCGGAUGGAAGUUCCCCCUAAUCGUCGCUGGACUCUACCUAGUCGCGCAUUCCAAACGAAACCGCGCCAAUGCGAGCCGUUCGGUACAGCUUGCGCUGCAGAAAGUGCGCGAGACCGCGAAGAACGUAUGUAUCCCUGAGGAGGAGGAGAUCGCCAGGGCUCUGGCCCCGCUGUUCACUGCCCUCUCCGCGGCUCUGGGAGUGGUGUUAACGAAUCUCAUUCCUGAGCCUGCGCAGGAGCCAGCGGCCCCAGUGAACGAGGGUGAGUCUGUCGAUAUGCUUCCCUCGGUUACCGUGCCCCAGGCCGAAGUCCCAGAGGCGCUUGCUGGUGUUUCGGAGGAGAACGAGAGUCGUAACUCGGGAUUGCGUGCGAGAAGAGUACAGUCAUUCGGCGACGAAGAGUAAUACAGUCAUCCUACAGACCUGCUUACUGUAAAAUCAUGCCCUCAAUGGUUUAGUCCCGUGGUUUUGAUUUGCACUGCACUGUUGGACUGCCUCGUG